AUGAAGCGAAGCGCUUCGUUGGAGAGUGUUAUGUCAUUGCGAAGUCCACCACCGUUGCCACUUGCACCACCACCAUCACUUCCCAGGCGGAAAUCGAACAGACGCCACUCCCACGAAGCAACCGCGUCAACUAGCCGAGGUUUCUCACUCUCUCCUCUGAGUAUCCUCAGUCCUUCAUCUGUUAUAGCAUACGAUUUCUCGUUUCUGGAGGAAAGUCCUGGCAUUCAGCUGGUACAUCCGCUGUCCGACGAGCACUUCCAGGGAACCAUUCUGUCAACGGAAUGCUUACCGUCUCCGAAUAGACGUCUACGAAAUAUGUCAGAAUCAUUGGUAACUAGCAAUGUCACUGAUCCGGUCCACGAUGUUCACAUUCCCACUUUUUCGUCAAUACAAUCGCUGAACACAGUGAGCGAUGAAGUUGAUGGCAACCACUCAUUCGACUCUUUCGACCCAAUAACCAACGAGGAUCGAACAGCAGUCACUCACGGUUCCGAUCCUAUGAUUGCUUCUCUUGGUCGGAGAAUGUACUCUUUAGGCAAGUUUGUUGACGACAUGAAAUCCAUAACAAUGGAACAACGCUCAUUUUCAGCCGAAGAUACAUCUUGCGACAAAGAAAACCAAUUUAAAUGCACUUCCGUCGAAAGUAAUGCAAUCCGAAAGGAUCUUACCAAUAAAAGCUUUGCGGAGGGUAGCGAUGAUGUUGAGUUUACAAUCCACAGUACGUCUAGUGAUGCAAAUAGUUGUGAGGACACGGACUUGACUGAACGAACGCUCAUAUCUGAGAAUCCGCGAGAUGAAGAAAUCCGUCAGUUUGAAGAAGGUGAAUACGCUUUGACGGACGAUGUGGAAUUGCCGCGUGCUUCUGAACUAGCUGUGACAUUUGCUGACGAUGAAAAUAGUGCGUCACCCACUCGUCUCCUCGACGAUUCAAUGAUUCCUCUUGUUGGAACACCUCAUACAAUGACAUAUCUUCCUAUGGAAGACGUGUUUACAUUCGUAGAAAGGCGCACGAAUCAAGAACUGCCAGCCAUCACUGAAGAGAACGAGGAACAAACAUUGCGUCGGUACCGAGGCCAAGGUUCGUCUGUUGAGGGGCGAUCUCGAAACGGGUCAUCAGAUGCCCCACAGGAGCCGGAAGAACUAGCUCCAGGGCUGAGUUCAGAAAUGGAAUAUGAUGCGAUAGCGGAGCUCGAUUAUUCUUGCAGUGCUGCCCCAGUUCAUAGGCGUGCGGUCAGCGACAAUAUGGGGACUCACGGUAGUCGGAAGUCCGAGUUGAGACGUACCCAGGAGAUGGAAGAGAUCGACCGGGCUGGUGUGUAUGAAGAUAUUACAAUGCGGUCGUCGAGGUCCAUUGGGAGAGCAAGUUCCGUUGUGUCUAAUAGAUGCCAAAGCCAAGUCUUUUUACCAGAAAUUGGCCUAAGCGAUACAGCAAGUUCUGCUCCUGCGCUGGAUAGAAAUUUGAGCAGUUCGGAUCCUUCGAUCAAUGAAGAGACUCCCUCAAAAACACGCGAAUGCCCACCUCCUGUCGUCCUCACCCGCAAAGCGUCAUCGAUACAAAGCGACUGGAAAAAACAACUUUCUGUCGGUUCUUUGACACAACCUACUCCAGUUCAAUUACGCAAGGAGCCGGUUGGCAGGGAGAGUCGGCCGCAAUCAAUGACUCGGAAUGAAAAUGAUGACGUUUCUUCGCCGUCUCCUCCAUCAAGUGCCGCAUCGUUUUCGCGUGGCGUGAAUUUCAUGCGUCGCAGUUGGCGACGACUUGCGGGCGAUUUACGACGCGAUUCGGUAGAAGUGCCGAUUUUCCGUUCGUUGGAUGAUACAGUAACUGCUUGCAACGACUCACAUGCGAUGUCGUCGGCGGAAUGUGCAUGUGUGUCGUCUGAUGCCGUUUCAAGCAAAUAUGUGCGACGAGUGGCGACGGUACCAAUACGUCCACGGAUGGCAAUGCACCUUACUAAAUCGAGAUCAGGGGACAGAAUCGAGAAGAAAAAGGCGAAAAGUGGAUCCGAUACAUUUUCUUUCGGUAGCCUUUUCGGGACCAACAAAGGUGCCAGGUCGAAGAAGAAAAUGGGUGUCGAUCGAAGUUUGGAAACGGUUAUUUCAAAUUUCCACUCCAAAGCCGGAGGAUCUGCUGUGUCUCUCCCAACUCGUCGUAUGGCUUCUUCCACCGACCUAUCACAAAUUCGCCUUCCCAUACCAGACUUCGAAGGACUACCCGAUCACUUAUCCAGUGCUCUCUCAACAUCCGGUGAUUUCAAUGAUAUUGAAUCGGUGAACUUCGAAUUAGCUGAGACAUCGAAAUAUAAUUUAAAUUCACCACUAUGGGCUCGGUUCGAUCUGUUUUCGAAGGAGGAAUAUACGUCAUGGCACGACAAGUAUCGGCACGACAAAAUGAGUUCGAAGUUGGUGAAGAAACAGGAUGCUAUCUACGAAUUGAUAUUGAUUGAGAAGGCUCACUGCGCGCACCUCGCGUUUCUGCAGCAGGGCUAUCGUAAUCGACUUCUCCAAGAAAACGUACUUCCCGAAGCAGAUAUUAAUCGACUUAUACCCGACGUUCUUGAUGCUCUUCUUGUCUUUCAUCUGCAUCUCCUUGAUAGACUUACAGCUCGACAACGAGAAUCUGAUGAAGUUGAGACGAUUUCUGACAUACUAGCUGAAGAGCUUUCCGAUGAAGGCAAGCACAUAAGUAUUGCCAUAAACGCAUACACAACUUUCGGUUCAGCUAAGGAGCGUUCAGAAAAGCUUUUCGAGUCGUUGAUGGCAAAAAAUGGACGCUUUGCAGACUUCAUCAGAUCAACGGCUUCGGAUCCGCUCUAUCGCCGCUUCGAAUUCAAAUCGACAAUGACUAGAGUUAUUAGUCGACCAGCCAAGUACGGUUUAUUAGUGGAAACGAUACUGAAGAACGAGGGAAACAAAUUCACUAAGGAGUGCGAGCUAACUCAAAAAGCAUUACUGGCAGCGAAACGUUUUGCAAUGAAAAUAGAUAACAAUCUACUUAUGGCGCAGAUGGCUCAACGUUGGGAUGACGUACGAUCGCAUUUUGAUCAUUCAAGUCACACCAACCUCUACCUUGUUGACAAGGAAAAGCCAUCAGGAGUAGUGCGCAUCACAUUCACUAUGGAAGAUCUCGAUAUGGACAUGAAACAUGUAGGAUCCGGCCAGCGGCGGUUGAUGUGUUUGGGAGAUGUCUGCAUGAAAAAUUCCAGCACCAAACUGGUUGAAAAAGUAUUCAUGGUGUUGUUUGAUGACAUUCUCGUUUGUUUACAACGCCGGAGCAACCAGAAGUACAUGUUCAUUCAACAGGAGCAGUCUGUAUUCCCAGUGAGUGGUCUUAUUUUGAGACCGGCUGAUCGCAGUGCUUCGGUGAUGAUCAUUUCGGGAGCAAUCACCAAACCUGCAUUGCUGGAAGUAGAGUUCAACUCGAAAACAGAUCGGACUAAAUGGAUAAAAACGCUUGAAACAGCAAUACAUAGUGCACCAGUGAAAGAGUAUAAAUACAAAACUAACCAAGAGACAUUUUUCACGGGACCUUUGUGA